AUGGAAACCUGUUCAAAUUUCCAAUUCCCUCCUGGUUUCAGGUUCCACCCUUCUGACGAAGAGCUCCUUGUUCAUUACUUGCAAAACAAAGUGAAUUCACGUCCACUUCCGGCCUCUGUAAUAGCUGAAAUUGAUCUCUACAAGUAUAAUCCAUGGGAGUUACCCAACAAAGCCAUGUAUGGAGAAGAUGAGUGGUACUUCUUUAGCCCGAGGGAUCGGAAGUACCCGAACGGAGAGAGGCCGAACAGGGCAGCAGCUUCGGGUUACUGGAAGGCUACCGGAACAGACAAGCCGAUUCUAAGCUGUUGUGGAUCAAAGCGCAUAUUAGGGGUGAAGAAAGCUCUAGUCUUUUACACUGGUCCGCCUCCAAACAGGGUUAAGACAGACUGGAUCAUGAAUGAAUAUAGACUUCACCACCAGAGUAAACUUUCAAGGUCUAAAGGGUCAAUGAGAUUGGAUGACUGGGUACUGUGCCGGAUUAGAAAGAAAGGCAACAUGGUAAAGAACAGUACGUGUGAAGAUCAAGGCAGUUGUAGAAUGGGCUUUCCAAAGAUUGAGGAGGAGUUGCAGCCUACAUUCAGAAACUAUAAUGCUGACAUUAUCAUGGAUUAUCCAUACAAAAAUCCAGCUCUGCUUCCCCCCAUACAGACCAAUUCUGGUGUAAGCUUUGAAGGGAGCAACAAAAGCAAUUACCAUUUUGAUUCUUUUUAUGGAGAUUGUUCCAAUAUUGUGAAUUCUCCCACGACAGCUUCUUCUUUGGGCAUCUACUUCAAUAAUGAUAUGAACUCCUACAACCAAAGCCAUUCUCACCAAGACAUCUUCAGCAGUAGGCCCACAGAACCACUGAUCAGUUUUCCGGAGGGUAGCGGAUCAAUUUUCAUGGAGAUGUACUAA